AUGGCGACCACAGAGUCUGCGGCCACGCGCGCUGCCACGCAGCGUUACCUAACACUCUUCAUGGCCCGUGAUUGGGUGCACCCAUCGCAGCCACCUGCGUAUAUCGGAGCCUUCGCAGCCAUGGCCGCCGUCGACGUCGCUUCGUUCGACCACCUCUUGGCGCCACGAGCGGCGACGAGCGCCGUGCUCACGUCACGCGACCUCUUUGCCCUUCUUGCCGCCUACCAGGUCGGCGUGCCCGGUGCGACGCUGUAUCUCGGCCGUCUCUUCAAGGAGCUCACGAGCUCGGGCGCGACACUCCACGCGCGGACGCUGACGGCCUUUCUCGACGCGCUGCCAGUCUGGUUUGAGCGCCACGGCGGCGACCGCAUCGACAAGCUCCUUCCGGGGUACCGCCGCCGCCGCCUGGUGCACUACGGCCUCAUCCUUGGUAACGUCGACAUUCUCUCUUGCUUUGAGACGUGCCACGUGCUCCAGAUCACGGAGCAAGACCUUCUUCUCGCGGGCGAGCACGGGCAUCUCUCGAUCAUCCGGUUCCUGCUGCCGCGGAUCAGCGUCGUGCACGCCUCCAUGAUCAUGCACCAGGCCGUCGCCAACGGCCACCUCGACGCCGUCACUGCGCUCCAUCAAGCGGGCGGCAAGGCGUCCGAAGCAGCCUACGCCGAAGCGUGCGCGAGUGGUCACGACCCCGUCGUCCGGUUUCUUCACGACGCCGGCUACAGGUACUUUCCAGCGUCGCUGGUCGCGGACGCUGCAGCGCAUGGCCACCUCGGCAUGAUCCAGUUCCUGCACGACAUCCAGUAUCCGGACCUGGACGCCGCCGUCUCGAUCGCAGCCGACUGUGGGCACAUGGAGAUCGUCGAGUUUCUCUUUGAGCGGCGACCGUACCUCUGGUACGCCAAGCGCAGCAAAGCACCGGCCGUCUCCUCCACGGACGAGCACAAGAUGGCGCUCAACCUCCUCGUGGCGCGGGUCCUCGGCACAAGGGACCUCUUCCGCCUCGUUGUAAGCUUCCAGCGCGGCUGCGACAAGGACACGCUGGCGCUGCGUCAGCUUUUGCGCGCGAUCGACCUCACGGCCGACGACGUACUCGAAACGCUGCCGCUUGCACUCGCGCCGGUCCACGCCAUGUUUCCCGCGUGGGCGGCGGCGCGCGGCGUGGAGCACAUUGACAUGUACUUGCCGUCCAAGCUCUUCCGCCACCUCGUCUGCUACGCGCUUGUGUGCGACAACGUUUCGGCCUUGCGCGAGCUCCCAAUCGAGCUCAGCUACCACGACCUCGAGCUCGCAGGGCUCCACGGCCAUCCGAGGAUUGUCGCCUUUUUGAUCGAGACGUACGUUCAUGCACCGCACUUGCUCCGCAUUACGCUCAAGGGCGCCGUGCGCAGCGGCCACGUUGAGGCGCUCAAGCAGCUACAUGCUGCCGGCGUCGACGUUCCCGACGGCUGCUUCCAGAUAGCAUGCGAGCGAGGGCACCUUGAGGUCGUCGAGUACUUGUACGAGCACCAUCUCGGCGGCGUUGACGGCGGCGGCAAGCACAUCGUGUCGCAGACGACGAUCAACGGCCACCUGCCCGUGCUCCGGUAUCUCCACGCGCGGCGCUUUGAGGGCUUUGACAAGUUUGCGCUGCGGUACGCCGUUGAGCUCGGGCACCUCGGCAUCGUCCAGUUUUUGCACGAGAUCCACACGGAAAAGAUGUAUGGGCUCGUGUACGAUGCGGUGCCGGGCGGCCACCUCGACGUUGUCCGCUUCCUGCACCAGAACGGCUACAACCACGACGUCAAAGGGGUUCUUUGGUACGCGCUCACGAAAGGCCAGCAGGACAUUGCGCGCUACCUCCAAGAAGAAACGGCGCUCAAGAAGCGCUGGUCCCGCUUCCAAAAGCAAGUGUCCAUCAAGUUCCAUGACCUCAAGAAGGCGAUCACUCGCCGUUGA